AUGACGCGAGUGGACCGGCGAUGCCGGCGACGCCCCCGCGGCCUGGACUCGGCUGCAUCCCUUCACAGUGAUUGGAAUGCUCCAUAUCCUCCCAAAGGCCCCUUCUUUGCUUUGGAGAAGCCUCUCAGAAGUUGCUGGGUCUCUCAGGCGGCUGCAGAGCUCCAGCAGUACUGCAUGCAGAACGCCUGCAAGGAUGCCCUGCUGGUCGGUGUUCCCGCAGGAAGCAACCCCUUCAGGGAGCCCAGAUCCUGUGCUCUGCUCUGAAGACUGGAAAGAAGUUCGCUAAGGAAUGCCUUCAGGCGCAAAGUGAUGAAUGACUGCCUCCAAGUCUCAAGAAAACAUUUUUCUCUAACCAAAUGACUUUUAGGUAUUUCAGACCUUUCCUGUGGGCUGGUCUUAUAGCCAGAAUUCUACAUAAAUUGGCAGUUGCAACUCAACUAAGGAAACUGGGUGAAGGAGUAGACUUUUAAAUAAUAAUGAUGGCCCGGUUUGUUGGGGAAGUGCUUUAUACUUAGGAUAAACAAAAAUCGUACUGCCCAAUAUACAAAAGUGCACCUCUUUCAUAAGUGAAUUACUAGUGUUUCUAUACCUGAAAUAUUAUGUGUGUUUUAUUUACUGAAUGUUUACAUUUUGGGAAGGAAAACAUUUUUGUUUAUUAAAAAAUUGAAUAUUUGUAAUUUGUUGUUCCUAAAAUUUUUACACCAUAACAAAACUUGUCCUUUUCUCAUGAAUUUAGUUUCUAAAUGCAGGCAAGCCAAUGUGAAAUUGGGAGGGGGGAAUAGACUUUAUUAAUCAGAUGAUGUCUUGAUUUUUGUAAGUGAGGUUGUUUAAAUUUUAACACUAAAUAUGGAAGCUGUUUCUUAGCAAACUUGUUUGGAAAGAUUAAUGUGUUGUGUGUCAGAUCUCCCCAUUGUGUGCAGCAGACCUAAUCUUUGUCUUAAGUUCCUCUAUUUUAUAGUUGUGGUUGUACUUUAAAAAAUACUGCAUUAUUUAAUGUAUUUCACAAAUGUUUAAAAUGUGGCUUACAGAGCAUUGCAAAUGAUUGAAAACAAAGCAGUGUGAAAAUCUUACAAGCUAAAUGGAUUUUUAGUGUCAUAAGUAUUUUACUUGGAUGAUGUGCCUUUGAUUUAAUUUGAGACACUUUAAAAAGGAUACUGUAUUUGUGCUUGUAAUAAUCUUUGAAAAGCUUGGAAAUAAAAUUUCUGCUUAAUUCAUCAUUUUCCAUGA